UGGCAGCAGAAAACACACUAGAAGGGACAACAGCAGUCAAGGGCUUCUCCAGAGGAUGCAUGACUAACUUUGCCAGCAGCCUAGACGGACAGCUCACAUUCACUGCUGAGCCGGGCCGGUAUGUGAGGAUCAGCACCAAAAAAUGCAACGCGGAUCAAUGUAACAAGGAUCCCCUAACAGUGCCCCAGGUGAAAGACUCCCCGAAUGGGCUGCAGUGCCCAUCCUGCCAAGCUGUGGGCGCCAGCACCUGCAUCCCCGUAAUCACCCCUUGCAAAGGGGAGGAGACUUUUUGCGUCAAUUUGAUUGGGACCUUCAAGAAAGCUGCAGCUUCUCCGGACACAAAAUUUGCAGCCCUAGGUUGCGCCACUCCGUCUGCAGAUGCCAUUACAAAAAACCUCCCACAGCAAUUGGGGAUGUUCAGGGGGGCAGAGUGGGAACCGCUGGCUGGGGGGAAAAGGGGAUGCGGUGGAGGAGGAUCCAGAGCUGCCAGAACCCAAUAA